AUGAGCGGUGACGCCUUCGUCGUUGUGUUCUUAAAGCCGGAGAUCGCGACAGGUUUCUUUAAGUUCGCUACGAGUGAUAACGACAGUGAAUCGGAUGAUUCUCCAUCCACAGAGCCAUCGUCAUCGAUCCCCGGAGUCUCAGCAGUCGAAGCUGCGUUCUUGUUACCGAAUGGCCAAAUAAUCCCAACUGUUCUUGCUCGGAUCAAAGAUAAAGGCUUUGAAAUCGUUCAGCGUCGUAUGAAGGUGUUGACAAAGGCUGAAGCACGACAUCUCUUCUCAUACGAACAGCAGUACCGAUUCAAGGACGAUCCAGAGGCUUUUGCGGCCUAUUUGAACUCGAUCACCAGUGGUCCGAGUCUCGCGUUGGUACUUAAGCUACCUGCAGCGUUGGCUUUGGGUGAUGCCAAUGCUGCGAUCAAGAAAUGGGUAGAAUUGGCCGGAGAUUGGGACCCCGUCGUAGCUCGUAAGAAGGCGCUCGCGGCGUCGACUCCGCACGAUCAGUGGCCCCUUCGAGCUCUCUGUGGACUCAAUACGGUGCAAAAUGGCAUUUCUAGCAGCCCGCACGUGUGUUGUUCGCGACGAGAACGAUUCUUUCUGAUGCCACCAGCAGUGCCAAAGCUCGAGCAAGCUACAAUCGUGUUGUUACCGUCGUUUGACACGAAUUAUCCAGAAGGUAAGGAAAUUCUACUCUCGACUAUCGCAAGAGAGACUCAAGCAUUUGUAGUCGAAAACUAUGAGAGCUAUUCUCUUUCUGAUGAUCAAGUCGUCGCUCUCUGUGGACUCACCCGUACAACGGGGUCAGAGCAGACAUGUGCGAGUGUGGUGCAGCUUACACUGGAGACCGUGGGCAGUAAAGGUGUCGAUGCUAUCGUUGUAGAAGGCCUUGACUUAAACUACACGCUACGGUUUGCGGUGGGUCCAGCCAACGUGGACUUGGCCAAGCUGUACUUCCCUGAAUCUGUACGGGCUCAAGUAGCUUCUAAACUACCAUCGGUAGAGCUACCUCCAGAUCUUCAUCCCAAUGAGGCAACAGACGACGAUGCGUUGGGGUUCGAGAGCGGUUUAUUCGUCUCUUUCGACUCGAAAUUUACUAUCACACAUAGCAGUGAAGCGGGUGUUGGGAAGGGGCCACCAAUUGAGUCUACACUGGGCCUCAUCAAGCCAAAUGCCGCUUGUAAACCUGAGAUUGUUGCUGAAAUACUGCGUAUGCUCAACUUGUUCGGAUUCAAAGUGGAGCGGCAACGCCGUCUGCUGCUUUCUCGGGACCAAGCGAGUGCGUUUUACGCUGAACAUCGUGGAAAACCAUUCUUCGAGACGUUGUUGGAGUUCAUGACAAGUGGAGAAAUCGUAGUCUUGCAUUUGUCACGUCCCCAGUCCAUCAAAGCCUGGAGAGGACUCAUGGGGCCUACGAACAGUAACAGAGCUCGUGAGACGCACCCAUGGACUUUGAGAGCACGCUUUGGUAUUGACGGUACUCGGAAUGCUACUCAUGGUAGUGACUCCACUGCUAGUGCAGCUCGCGAACUCUGUUUCUUCUUCGGUAGUGCUGUAUCUGCUUCGUCAACCGCAACAUCGUUGAACGUCCGAACCGUGGCUCAGCGACCAGUAGUGCUAUCAGGAAUUUCAGAGACCAGUGUUGAGAAGAUACUGACGAUAGGAUUGAAAGAGCUCGUUGAGAAGAAGGUGACUGAUCCGCUGGAAGCUUGUCGAUGGCUGGGAGAAUGGCUUGUAAACUAUCGGUCUCGUGGACUUGAAGAGGGGCAUGAAACGCACAACGUUCGAGAACCAGUUCGUGCAAAUCUAAGUACCAGCGUGAAGCGAGUUGUUGUGGGAGGAAAUACUCUCAAAACGCACAAAAUUGUCGCGAUUACUCUGGAUACUUCGAUCAUUCAUUUGCGUAGUGUACUACUUGAUACUCUUCAUAAGCGGUUGGAAAACGAUCGCUACGAGGUUGUUGAUGUCGCGGCUGAAUUGGAGAAAUAUACAGCACUGAAUAUGGCUGUAGCUAAUCUCGUGAGACUACUGAGGAAUUGUGGUCGACGUCGCUGUGUGCUCUUCGGUUGUGAAGAAUUUGCAAAGAAUUCAGUUUUCCACCAUGAAUUUAAGACCCAAGCUCCUGCUGAGUGGCAAAUCAACUUCCUAGUUCGCUUGGAUCUCGAAAACUCGAAAACUUCCUUCACAGAUUCCUCUUCAUUCGAUUUACCAGUCUUCCACUUUAGCCUCCCUCAAGAUCUACAAAACGAUGGAACUCUCCAUGGGUUGUUCCAAGCAGUAUUUGACCCGAACAUCACUCUGCUAGCAGAUCCUGAAAAACUGGUACCUGUCACUGUAUGGACUCAAGUUGCAAAACACUUUGGCUUCCACCUGCUUACGUUCGAAGAUUUUAUCAAUUCAGUGAAGAAUUGCACCGAUAACUCGGACGAUACUCGACUGCUACUUGAAUUAUCACGUUCACGAUCAAACAUACAACCACUUUUGAUUCUCACCAUUCUUCGACGUGUAAUUCUUGGAUUUCUGCCUGGAAUCAACACAUUUGAUUACAAAUUCAUGCUUUUUGGUUUCCCGUGGUCAAAUAUUCAACUAGCAGAGCUGGAGCUGACAGUAGGAAGUCCGCAAUGUCUGCUGUACAUUGGAGAGAAAAAGCAGCGAUCCAAACCUAAAUCCAGUUUACCAGAUUUGCCAGCGUGGAUCUCAGCGUACCGAAAGAAAGGACUUGUAAAACGUAUCUGGAUUGACUCAUCCGUUAGCGUUGAUCGUGCCGCAGUGUGCUCUGCAGUGCAGCGUGCUAUGCUUCCCAUGAUCGGCUGCUUUUUGGGCAAAUGUGACGGCCAAGAGCUUGAGUCUCUGCAGAUUGCAGCCAAAACGCAAGGGGUUCUCUGGGUCGAUUGUGUUACUGUCAUCCCAUCCGUACAGAAGUUGCGAGAGUUGUUGCUGCGCGCUCAUGCUGGACGAGAGAAGUUCCUCCUGUACGGCUAUCCACAGACUUCUGCUCAGGCCGCAGAGCUCCUGAGCCUUGUUGGCUCUCCGCAAUUCGUGAUUCACAACUCGUCGGCUUCUCUUGUCGCACCAGAACUUCUUGCAGUCUUCGACGCUCACCCAGAUAUCUCGCAGCUAGAUCUGGCUAGCUCAAACGGUCCGUCGAAGCUACGCUCAACCUUUUUCCGCAAACAAGUGGUUGCAGUAGUUGGCAGCGUCGACACGCUGCAUUUGCCGCAGCUUCGUGACGCCGUGGCACCGCUAGGAUACGACGUCAUCGAGUUUAACCACAGUCAAGCUUUUCACGAUGAAAGCGAACAAAUUCAUGAAUUCGAACGUCAAGUCCAAGAUAUACAAGCUCCACGUUGUCUGGUUAUUGGAGCGCCGGAGUCAUCAAGUUUUUAUCAUGCUUUGGAAGCUCGGAUCGGGUGCUCGAUGCACAAAAUCCUGAUCUUGCAGCAUGUUAAAGUCCGUGUUCGAACUCCUGCGAUGGACGACGAGGACUCGGCCGGUGAUUCGGAUGAAGAGCAGGGCCACGUCCACAUCGAUGAAAUCGAAGACAACAAUGCGAAACCCGCAAUCAGAUGGCGAAAGGUGUUUCAAGCGCUGAGUCCACAGCUCUCGCAGCUUCUUCAGAGCUUUGCAUCGGCUUUAGACUCGUCGAUCUCAAUCGACAUCGUCGGGUUCCUGGAAAACACCCCACGCGGCUCGUCUCGAGUCGUUCAAGACGUCGUUGAACGUCUGCGUCCGCGUUUGUUCGGUGUGGUUGGCCACCGUUUCUCGUUCUAUCAAACGGCGGCACGAAGCUUCUGUCGACGGCAUUUGGUGGGCUUUCUAGACCUUACUAACGUGUCUAGCAACCGUGAAGCAUUGGAACAAGUCGAGACUCUCAUAGCGACCACACCGCAUUCGAGUUACUGUCUCGACGGCUUCCCCCGUUCGUCACUCCCAGAUGCGAUCACUGCAUCCGUGUCCUCGACACCUCGUUACGUGGCUCAGCAGCUGUGGGAAUUGGACCGUCGACUGGGCAAAAUGACUACUCUGGUCCACUUUACCGCGACGUUGGAGGUGCUGGAGGAUCGAACACCUACGCAAGUUACGCGUCGAAUGCUGGAAUUGGCUCAGGACGAUCUGGAACUCACGUCCACUGACCUCGUACGGUGGUUCACGACUGGCAAAAACCACCAGACGAUCGCCGAGGUCACGUGUGACCGAACGGUCGAGGACGCGCAGAAAGAGAUGGACAAUAUCUUGCGGUGGACUCUACGUCCAAGCCGACCUGCCGUCAAGUAAAAAGGCGGCGUUGGAUUGUAGGAAUCGAAGAUGGUCGCGACGAGGAUUGCUAGUGAUACAGUGUAUUGUUUCCAGGGGCUUACGCGGCCCUUCAUUUCCAUCUACUGCGACAUCGUGUGGACAUUUACGCCUCAUAUCAUACCAUCU